AUGGGUAGUCUUCUCGGUCAUAUUGUACCCGGAACAUUUUUCGCACUAUUUGCCUUAUGGUGGGGUUUUAGUAUUGCAAUAAAAUACUACCAUUUACAUCAACGAAAAAAAAAUUGGAAAAAAUCAAAAAUUUAUUAUGCAAAAACAACAUUCCCUUGUUUAUGCUUUUAUUCGGCUGAAAAAAUUCCACUGGAGUCUUAUGUAAAAAUUGUUUGUGCAACUAUUGGCAUGUUAGGAGAGUUGAUAACCGGUUUUACACAUUUAUAUGAUGAAAAAUUGAAACGAAAAGUAUGGGGUUUUGGUGAAAAUAAUACUCAACAUAUAACUAUGUUCCUUGGAUUUGCAUUGGCUUCUGUUUUCGAAAUAGUUGCUCAUUAUAAAUAUUCUAUGCCUGAUGGUAUUGAGUUCUUAGCAAAUAUUUUAGCUUUUGGUAUUGAAGCUUUUUUAUUUCAUUUUCAUCUUCAUGGAAGAAAUGAAGUUGAUGUUCAUGUUCACGUCUUACUUCUCUAUGCUAUUAUAUUUUGUUUAAUUGCUGCUAUUUGGGAAUAUAACAGACCAAAUCAAAUAUUAGCAACUUAUGCAAGAAUUAUUGGAACAUUACUGCAAGGAUUUUGGUUUUAUGUAGUCGGCUUUAUUCUUUAUUUUCCAUCGAGUGAUCCUUAUUGGAUAUGGCCGCCUAGCCAUGGAAAUAUAUUAUUACUGACUGUUACGUUUGUAUGGGCUGCAAUUAUUGCUUGUUUUGUUAUAUUUCUUGAAUCAACGAUCGUUUGGUAUAUUUUAAAACGAAGAUAUUCUCAUCAUACUGUUGAAGUAUAUAAUGAACAUUUUAUUCCGAGUUCUAUGAUUCCAAGUAGUGAUAAUGAAGACAACGAUGAUGAUGAUGAUGGUAAUGAAGGUCGCUUUGAAUUCGAACAACAACAACAACAACAACAAAAGAAACAGUUUUAUAACGAAGCGUGCGCCUAA